CGGCUGUGCUUCAUCUUCAUGUUGCGAACCAAAAAAAAAACGAUAACAUGCUUCAAAAAUGAUGAGCGACCACCCACAUGGAUGUCCUUCACCUCCUCCCCGUCCCUUUUUGCUGUAAUAGCACAUGCCAGUGUCCAGGAUACAGAUAUGAGCUUUUACAUGUCCUGUAUACAUAUAGAAACCUUUAUAUGAAUAGGAAACUUUUCGCAGUCGAUGCGGAGGAACUUGUCGACGAAGCGGGAACGUGGAUAUUCUGCUAGAAUGCAAAAGAAUCCGUAGUCAUCAGAUGGUCGCAAGAAAAACAUUACGUGUGGGUAUGAGAAAUCUUUCUAUUCGCCUUAGCAUCGCUUGGGAAAAAACAAGAGACUGAUCAUUUAAACAUGGUGGUAUGCAUUUUAGCCGGAGACGCACCGUUUCGGAAAUGCGCCGCGCGUUUAAACGCUCCGCCUGAAUUUAGCCUGAAAACUGCGGGAUGAAGAGCGGCUGGCAGGUACAGGGACGGCAGCUGAAGACCAGCGUAACUCCAGGAUUUUUAAUGUCCAUUAUGCAAAAGCCUUGGUAACUAUGAGCAGGGGAAUGAAAAGCAUCACAGGUUAUGCAUUCAGCAAUCACCCACAUCUUUUCAAGAAGACGUUGCCUUGGAGACGAUGUUACUUUGGUAUUCACGGUGUGGAAAUGACUGACCAAUGAGCUUUCUGCUGUACCUACGGUGGAACAGAAGGCUUCACAGAUAUUUCCCCAGACGUCUUGCCACCCUACCUCAGCUAUGAUCUCUCCCAGCACUUAAGGACGGCAUUUCUGCACUUAUUCCCAAAAUGGUUUGGAUUUUGCUGGCGUUUUUGUUGUCGGAGGAGUUUGGGAUGCUGGUGGGGGCCCAGUCCAACGAGCGUCGGGUGGUGGCCCACGUCCCCGGGGACAUCAUCAUCGGGGCCCUAUUCUCUGUGCACCACCAGCCCCCGGCAGACAAGGUGCAUGAGCGCAAGUGUGGGCCCGUGAGAGAGCAGUACGGGAUCCAGCGGGUGGAGGCCAUGCUGCACACUCUUGACCGCAUCAACGCUGACAACAAGAUCCUGCCCAACAUCACGCUAGGCUGUGAAAUCCGCGACUCCUGCUGGCACUCUGCCGUGGCCCUGGAGCAGAGCAUUGAGUUCAUCCGUGACUCCCUGGUGUCCUCUGAGGAAGAGGAGGGCCUGGUACGCUGUACAGAGAGCAGCACAACUCCCACACGGGGCAAGAAACCCAUUGUGGGUGUGAUCGGGCCUGGGUCCAGCUCAGUAGCCAUCCAGGUGCAGAACCUUCUGCAGCUCUUCAACAUCCCCCAGAUCGCCUACUCCGCCACCAGCAUGGACCUCAGCGACAAGUCCCUGUACAAGUACUUCAUGAGGGUGGUGCCCUCUGACGCUGACCAGGCCAGGGCCAUGGUCGACAUCGUCAAGCGCUACAACUGGAGCUAUGUUUCAGCCAUCCACACUGAAGGGAACUAUGGCGAGAGCGGCAUGGAGGCCUUCAAAGACAUGGCGGCCAAGGAGGGCAUCUGCAUCGCCCACUCGGACAAGAUCUACAGCAACGCAGGCGAGCAGAACUUUGACCGGCUGCUGCUGAAGCUGCGCGGCCACCUGCCGAAGGCACGUGUGGUGGCCUGCUUCUGCGAGGGCAUGACGGUGCGCGGAAUCCUGAUGGCCAUGAGGCGCCAGAACCUGGUGGGGGAGUUCCUGCUGGUCGGGAGCGAUGGCUGGGCGGACCGCCACGACGUCACCGACGGCUACGUGAGGGAGGCCGCAGGCGGGAUCACCAUCAAGCUGCAGUCAGCCGACGUCAAGUGGUUUGACGACUAUUACCUGCGUCUGCGGCCUGACAACAACCCGCGCAACCCCUGGUUCCCCGAGUUCUGGCAGCACCGCUUCCAGUGCCGACUGCGGGGACAACUGCAGGAGAACACCAAGUACAACCGCACCUGUACCAAGAGAGAGUCCCUGAGGCAGCAGUACACCCAGGACACCAAGAUGGGCUUCGUCAUCAACGCCAUUUACUCCAUGGCAUACGGGCUGCACAACAUGCAGAGGGCGCUGUGUCCGGGCGUCUCGGGGCUCUGUGAAGCCAUGAGGCCCAUCGACGGCCGCAAGCUUCUGGACUUCCUGAUGAAGACCAACUUCACGGGGGUGUCCGGGGAGGGCAUCCUGUUCGACGAGAACGGGGAUUCCCCCGGCAGGUACGAGAUCAUGAACUUUAAGAAGAUGGGUAAGGAUUACUACAACUACAUCAAUGUGGGUAGUUGGGACAACAGCGGCUUGAAAAUCAACGAUGACGAGAUCUGGUCCAACCGCAGCACCAUGAUGAAAUCGGUGUGCAGCGAGCCCUGCGACAAGGGCCAGAUCAAGGUCAUCCGCAAAGGUGAGGUCAGCUGCUGCUGGACCUGCACACCCUGCAAGGAGAACGAGUUUGUCUUCGAUGAGUACACCUGCCGAGCGUGCGAGCUGGGCUCCUGGCCCACAGACGACCUUACGGGCUGCGACCCCAUUCCUGUGGAGUACCUCCGCUGGGGCGACCCGGAACCCAUCGCCGCCGUCGUCUUUGCCUGCCUGGGUCUCCUUGCCACUUUCUUCGUCACCUCCAUCUUCAUCAUAUACAGGGACACGCCCGUGGUUAAGUCCUCAAGUCGCGAGCUCUGCUACAUCAUCCUGGCCGGCAUCUGCCUGGGCUACCUCUGUACCUUCUGCCUCAUCGCCAAGCCGCACAUCAUCUACUGUUACCUUCAGAGGAUGGGCAUCGGCCUGUCGCCCGCCAUGAGCUACUCGGCCCUGGUGACGAAGACCAACCGCAUCGCACGCAUCCUGGCUGGCAGCAAAAAGAAGAUCUGCACCAAGAAGCCUCGCUUCAUGAGCGCCUGUGCCCAGCUGGUCAUUGCUUUCAUCCUCAUCCUCCUUCAGCUGGGCAUCAUCGUGGCCCUCUUCGUCAUGGAGCCGCCCAACGUCGUCCACGACUACCCCAGCAUCCGUGAGGUGAAACUCAUCUGCAAUACCACCAACCUGGGCGUGGUGGCGCCGCUGGGCUACAACGGGCUGCUCAUCCUCAGCUGCACCUUCUACGCCUUCAAGACGCGCAACGUGCCGGCCAACUUCAACGAGGCCAAGUACAUCGCCUUCACCAUGUACACCACCUGCAUCAUCUGGCUGGCUUUCGUGCCCAUAUACUUCGGCAGCAACUACAAGAUCAUCACCAUGUGUUUCUCAGUGAGCCUCAGUGCCACUGUGGCACUGGGCUGCAUGUUCGUGCCCAAGGUCUACAUCAUCCUGGCCAAGCCGGAGAGGAACGUCCGCAGUGCCUUCACCACCUCCACCGUGGUGCGCAUGCACGUGGGCGAUGGCAAGUCCUCCUCUGCGGCCAGCCGCUCCAGCAGCCUGGUCAACCUGUGGAAGCGCCGGGGAUCUUCUGGGGAGACCCUCAGUUCCAAUGGCAAGACGGUGACCUGGGCACAGAACGAGAGGGGCUCCAGAGGUAACCACCUGUGGAAGAGGCUGUCCUUUCACAUUAAGAAGCGUGAGAGCAACCAGACGGCGGUGAUCAAGCCCUUCUCCAAGGGCCCUGAGACCCGCUAUGGCGGCGACCUCACGCCCGAGUCCAGCACUAAGAUGCUGUACGAGGUGUCUGAGGCCGAGGAGCACUACCCGGGCGCAUACCCGCCUCAGACUCCCUCGCCCAUCAGCACAGUGAGCCAGCGGGCUGCCGCGCUGGCCAGGGGCCUUGAGGACCUGCCCACGGCCACCUACCCUGGCGAGCAGCAACACAGCCCCCAGAACCAGGGUUCCAUCAUGGACCAGAUCAGCUGCGUGGUGAACCGCUUCACCGCCAACAUCAGUGAGCUCAAUAGCAUGAUGCUGGCCAGCACGCCCGUGCCCGUGCCCCCUGGCGCCGCCGAGACCUUCCCCCCCACCUUCCUGAUCCCGCGCGAGAUCCAGCUGCCCACCACCAUGACCACCUUCGCGGAGGUGCAGCCUGUGCCCCCCACCGAAGCCGACGCCUGCCAGCCCGUGGCGGGCCGCGCCUCCCCUGCCAGCGACGGGGACACGCCCCCCGGCUCGCCCCCGGUCCGCAGUGACCUGGAGGAGCUGGCCACGCUGACCCCGCCCUCCCCCUUCAGGGACUCGGUGGGCUCGGGCAGCGGCUCCCCCACCUCCCCCGUGUCAGAGUCGGCGCUCUGCAUCCCGGCCUCACCCAAAUAUGACCGGCUGGUGCUGCGGGACUACAGCCAGAGCUCCUCGUCCCUGUGAGGAGGCGGCACGGCCGGGGGCGGCACAGUGACA